GCCGUUGCCGACGGUCACGUGACCCGGUCAGUGCGGGUGGCGUGUGGCGGUCAGCGGGUCGAGGUCGGGGGCAGCCUUAUAAGCCGUCUGGGAAAUGUGAGGGACAUCACUCUUCGGUCGGCAGCGCUUCUUCUAUCAUCACGUGCAAACGGAGCUAUGAAGCUGUUCGUCAUCUCUUGUCUGGCUGCGCUGGCUGCGGCAGCUCCUCAGCAGUUUGUCGACCAGUUCGGCAACCAGCAGUUCGUCAGCGACGGCAACCAGUUCGUCAGCGAUGGCCAGUUCGUCAGCGACAACCAGCAGUUUGUCAGCGAUGGCCAGUUCGUCACCGACAACAACCAACAGUUUGUCAGCGGCGGACAGAGUUUUGGUUCUAACAAUGGAGUGAGGACCGUCAACUCGCGGUUUGAGCAGGAUCAGACGGGAAACUUCCAGUACGCCUACGAGCUGAGCGACGGAACGAAGGCUGAGCAGGUGGGACGCUCGACCCCGGGCUCCCAGCCUGAAACCGGAAGCCUGGAGCAGCAGGGAAGCUUCGAGUUCGUCGGUGACGACGGCAACACCUACCGUGUGGACUACACCGCCAACGAGGGUGGCUUCCAGCCGCAGGCCGCCCACCUGCCAGUGGCGCCGGCUCAGAUUCCCGAGUACGCCCAGCUGAGGCAGGAGCACCCGGAGCUCUUCUGGGCCGAGAACGGAGGAGCCGUCAUCCAGCAGCAGCCGCAGCAGUUUGACAACCAGCAGUUCAGCAGCCAGCAGUUCGAUAACCAGCAGUUCAGCAGUCAGCAGUUCGAUAACCAGCAAUUCAGUAACCAGUUUGACAGCCAGCAGGUGCAAGUUCUGGGACAGUUCAUCAACUAAGCUCGCAGGCUGACUGAAAGAACACCUUGCUAAAUCAUUGUUUCUUUCGCAAUGUGCGUAUGUGGUUUGGAUGUGCUCAUAAAGCAGUUCGCGGUGCCAAGAGAUAGACGUGCGUUUUAGCACUUGUGACAUGUGCUCAGUGUUUUUUUUUUUUUUUUUUUUGUUCUUGCAUUUAGGUUGAGUGGUCUCCAGCUAUUAGCGUUAGCAAUGGCUGCUUGUGAAACGUGUAUUGUGUAAUGUGUAUCUCUGUCGAUGAAAAUACAUUGGCUCGAUAG